GUGUUUGUUUGGACUGGAGAAGGGAGGCGGCGGGCAAAGCGCACGUCGAGCGGGGUAGCGGCGCUGCCUGUGGAGAUCCGCGGAGGCCGACAGGAUUCGUUGGCUACCGUCCCCGCUGCCGUGCACUGGGUUAAAAACGACAACGAAAACCAACCAUGAAAGAUCCAAGUCGCAGCAGUACUAGCCCAAGCAUCAUCAAUGACGAUGUGAUUAUUAACGGUCAUUCUCAUGAAGAGGAUAAUCCAUUUGCAGAGUACAUGUGGAUGGAAAAUGAAGAGGAAUUCAACAGACAAAUAGAAGAGGAGUUGUGGGAAGAAGAAUUUAUUGAACGCUGUUUCCAAGAAAUGCUGGAAGAGGAAGAAGAACAUGAAUGGUUUAUUCCAGCUCGAGAUCUCCCACAAACUAUGGACCAAAUCCAAGACCAGUUUAAUGACCUUGUUAUCAGUGAUGGCUCUUCUCUGGAAGAUCUUGUGGUCAAGAGCAAUCUGAAUCCCAAUGCAAAGGAGUUUGUUCCUGGGGUGAAGUACUGACAUGUCUGAGCAGCCGGCCGCUUUUGGUGGAUGUAGCACAGUUUCCACACUGGGAAGGCAGUGUUAGAAGACUCCAUUGUAAAAGCUCUCUCGUCACUGUGUUACACUUACGCAUUGCCAAAGUUUUUGUUAGUCUUGCAUGCUUAAUAAAAGUGCUGAGACUGUUACUAAGUAAGAAGCUGUCACACAGUUACUGAAAGUAGAAUUGGCCACAUGGCUUAAUGUAAAGACAGCAAUGGAAGAAGCACCAGUCAAUUGUGACAAAGAACCAAAUUAAAUCACCUCCAAAUCUCA